AUGGAGGUAUUUAAUACUUCUUGCUCUAAUCAAGAUUUUCGUGAGUACCAGUUUAUACGCAAAUCGCCUCGUCAUUGGUACGUGUUCUUGUGCAUUGCAAAUGUAGUUUUUUCUAUUUCUGCGAUUGUUGGAAAUUCGAUAAUUUUACUCGCCCUCUUCCAGUGCCGCACGAUCUACUCGUCGUCCAAAGCUCUUUUUUACAGCUUAGCUUUGUCUGAUUUUGGAGUUGGUAUGGUCGCUCAACCGUUACAAGUUGCCACAGGUUUGGGUGCUCUCCAUGGGAAUCUUGGAUUGUUUUGUACAAUUCAGCCGUUUUAUGCUGCCGUGGCCUACUUCUUCUGUGCCGUGUCUUUUACAACCACGACAGUAAUAAGCAUUGAAAGAUAUCUGGCGUUGAGACUCGGAAUACGACACAGACUGAUUAUAACCGUGAAAAAAGUCACUCUGGUUGUAGCACUUCUGUGGAUUUGCAGCUCUAUCUGGGCGGUCUCCCGAAUGUGGAAUAUCCAAAUCAAUAAAAUCAGUGCCAUAAUUCUUGGCUUUUCCUGCAUUGUCAUAACGUCUUCGUGCUAUUUUAGAAUACAUCGAACUCUGAGGGCUCUAAAGACAAGAAUAACAAACGAGGCUUCCACAAGGCAACCUCGAAAGACUUUGAACAUGAUGCUGUACCGUAGAUCUGUAAACAGUAUGCUGGCAGUUUUCGGUUUUCUUGUAGCAUGUUACACUCCUUAUCUCUGUGCCAUAAUCGCGGUAGCAUUGUUUGGAUAUAGCUCCCCAGUUGUGUUAUCAACAAACCUAACAUCUGUUGUGAUUUUUCUUAAUUCUUCGAUAAAUCCUUUCGUCUACUGUUGGCGAAUUAGAGAAAUUCGUUCUAAAGUGAUGUUAAUUGUGCGGAAAUUGCCUUUACCUUAA